AUGGGCACCCCAGCGGCCGGUGUAAUUGAGGCGCAGGUGGGGCCGAUCCCUAUCCGGUUGCCCGAGCCUGUCGCACGAAGACGACGCAGCGAGAGCUGGGGCCAGGCCAGCCCCCCAUCUGCGUCGCCUGCCCCCACCAUGGGUAACAGCACGAAUGGGAGCCCUAGCACAAGCCCUGGACCUAAUGUUAUGUACAGUGGCAGUGCACCUACUUCCCUCCGUACGUUUGGUGGCCUUCCAGCGCGUUAUGCGGCAUGGAAACAAUCCACUCGGGCGUUUCGCGCGAUGCGCAGUGACCCACCUAAAUCGUCUUCUCUUGCCUCCCCACCCAUUUUCAAUGCAACAGUAACUGGUCCCCUUGAACCUUUGGAUACGUUAGUUCCCUCUGCGCUGCGAGCCGGCGAAGUGAUGCUCAAAGUUACGCAGAACAAAGUCGCGGAGCGGACGUUUCGCGUGGAUGCAGAGUCUACCUGUAUUGUAUGGGACAGCAAGCGUGGAAAUUCUGUGCCACUUUAUGCGAUUCGCGACGUUCGUAUCGGAGAUACGGCCCAAUCGUAUCGUCAUGCUUUGCAAAUCAGCGAUGCACAUGAGCCUCGUUGGAUCUCGAUUAUAUACCAAGCUGAACGGGGCUACAAAGCCGUGCAUGUUGUGGCCCUGAGUGAUGAAAGUUUGCAGCGAUGGCGGGAUACACUUUUGCGUAUUCUCGCCCAAUGGCAGGCCAUGACAUCAGGCCGUGUAGCUGCGUCGCGAGCUCAAUCUGACUGGCUUGAGGCGUCAUGGCUGCAUUCGUCCCAAGCGCUCGAUUUGCCUGCUGUCCAAAGGCUGUGCCAGCGUAUGGGGCUUCAAGUGGCACCUAGCGAGAUCAGUGUUUUGUUUUCGCAAGCAGAUCGCGAGCAUGCUGGUGUUCUACACUUUGAUGCAUUCCAGCAAUUUGUCACGCUCCUAAAGCGGCGUGCUGAUUUAGAAGCGCUUUUUGCGCAAUGGGCCGAGAAUGAUGUGCUUUCCUACGAGUCCUUUGUUACGUUUCUUCGGCAGGAGCAAGGUGAGUUUGGCUGGAGUGACGCGACGAUAGCGCGAUUGUAUCAUCGCUAUCAUGUGGCGCAUGUUGAUGGGUUCAUUGCCUUUCUGACGUCGCGUGAUAAUGCGACCCCAGCGCCUCGACCUGUGCAUGGUGUUUUUCCGGUGGAUGCAACAAUGCGGUUAGACGAGCCGCUAAGUCACUAUUAUAUCUCUUCCAGUCACAAUACGUACUUGGAAGGUGGGCAGUGGAAAGGUGAUAGCACUGUGGAAGGGUAUGUUCGUGCCUUGCAGCAAGGAGCUCGGAGCGUUGAGCUCGAUUGCUGGGAUGGUCCCAACGGCCAGCCACAGGUGACGCAUGGGCAUACUCUGACAGGCCGUGUACCUUUGGACGACGUUGUCGCAGCGAUUGCACAAUACGCGUUUGUCACUUCGCCAUACCCACUGAUCCUAUCGCUGGAAGUUCACAACGAUGUGGCACAGCAGAUUACUCUCGCUCACAUUCUUCGUUCACGACUUGGCGAGAUGCUGGUGACCGCGCCAUUGCCGGACGUUGUGCCAGGUAACCUGCCUAGCCCUGAACAGCUUCGGUAUCGAAUUCUUGUGAAAUGCAAGAAUUAUGAACUUGUGCCGACAUCUACUAUGCCAGACAACGAAGACCACUCGGAUUCCUCCUCGGCCUAUUCCACGACCUCUUCGACCAUAUCGGCCUCGGCAUCUACUGGCUCGGAAAGCGACUCGCUUUUAGAGCGUACCCUUGUCCGACUUGCACGUCAUCGACGUUCUGCGCCUGAAGUGAAGUCACGGCCGAUGGCCCAAGAGCUCGUGUCGCUGCUUAUUUACACCGUUGGCGUACCAUGUCGUGGUCUGAAUAAAAAAGAAGUGUAUGACAUUGAGCAUAUGAUCUCAUUGUCAGAGCGCAAGGCCCGCCGCCUGAUCCGCGAGAGUGCUACAGCGCUCAUCAAGCACAAUCUCACGCAUCUUACGCGUGUAUACCCAUCCAUGACCAAACUUAGCCGCGUGACAAGUAGUGCCAACUUUGCGCCAACCGAUAUGUGGGCGGCGGGGUGUCAGUUGGUGGCACUCAAUUGGCAGACGCGCGAUGCGGGUAUGGCGCAAAACCUGGCUCUCUUUGCUGGAAGUCCAGGAUAUGUACUUAAACCAGAAGCCUUGCGUUUGCGUUCGCAUGUGAAGAAUGCUCCAGGUUCCGUGUUGGUUCGCACAGCCUUGACGAUCGUCUCUGGCCAGCAGCUGCCGUGCCGACAACGGGAAGAAGCGGCUACGUGCCCUUUUGUGAGCGUCCAUCUGGAGACGCCAGCGUUAUGGGGUACCCAGGAAAAAGUGACACUGGCUACGCCGACCGCGGCCACGACCACUUCGCGAUUGUCCAUGCGCACCCCCACCGUAUUGUCCAAUGGCCUAGCGCCGCAAUGGCAUACGACGUGUUACUUGGAUGUACCUGUGCCUCUAGGUCUUGACUCUGCAGCCUGGCUCGCGCAACGCUCACGUCAUGCCUCAGCCGAGCACCAAGCUAUUGUGCUGCAUGAAGCCACACGGGGCCAACUGGAUUUGUGCUUGGUCCACCUGCAAGUCUGGGACGACCAGCCCAAUGGACCUGUCUUGAUUGCGCGGCGCACCAUCAGCCUGGGGCGGCUCGGUCGCGGCCAUCGGCAUGUCGCUCUGCAUGAUGCGCAACUCGCGCCGAUGCUUUACGCGUCGUUGUGCAUUCAUACUUCGCAUACCCUGGUCGGCGAGACGACGCCCCCCACCGUCCCUACUACGAAAGCAUCCUAG